GGAAUGAGAAACCGUACAGAAACCACAGAGUUUAUUCUUCUGGGGUUAUCAGAUGACCCUAAGCUCCAGGUUGUGAUCUUUGUCUUUCUCUUCAUCACCUACGUCAUCACAGGAAACUUGACCAUUAUCACUCUCACCCUGCUGGAUUCCCAGCUGCAGACUCCCAUGUAUUUCUUCCUCAGGAAUUUCUCUGUAUUAGAAGUGUCCUUCACAACUGUCACUAUACCCAAGUUCUUGGGCAGCAUUAUCUCAGGGGAUAAAACUAUUUCCUUCAACAACUGCAUAGCACAGUUAUUUUUUUUCAUCCUUUUGGGAGUGACUGAAUUUUACCUUCUGGCUGCCAUGUCCUAUGAUCGCUAUAUUGCUAUCUGCAAGCCCCUGCAUUACCUGACCAUCAUGAGUCAGAAAGUCUGCACAAUGCUUGUCUUUGCCUGCUGGCUGGUCUCUUUCCUGAUCAUCUUCCCUGCACUCAUGUUGCUCCUACAGCUUGAUUACUGUGGGUCCAAUAUCAUUGAUCACUAUACCUGUGAUUAUUUCCCCCUGCUGCAACUUUCCUGUUCAGAUACAAACUUCCUGGAGAAGAUGGGGUUUUCCUGUGCUGUCUUUACAUUAAUGUUUACUUUGGCAUUGAUAUUUCUGUCCUAUACAUUUAUCAUCAGAACAAUUGUGAAGAUUCCUUCUGCUACUCAGAGGACGAAGGCCUUUUCCACGUGUUCUUCCCACAUGAUUGUCAUCUCCAUCUCUUACGGAAGCUGCAUUUUUAUGUACAUUAAACCCUCAGCAUCAGAUAGAGCAUCUUUGACUAAGGGAGUUGCCGUGCUAAACACCUCAGUAGCCCCCAUGCUAAACCCCUUCAUUUAUAGCCUGAGGAAUCAGCAAGUCAAGCAAGCCUUUAUGAACAUGGCAAGGAAACUGGUACUUUUCACAAGUACGUGA